UGCGUGUUGGAAUGGAGAGCAGUGUUUGAUACAGUCCCUUAAAUUUCAAAUCAAAAAUCUAUUCAGAAAUGAGUAAUAAAUUUAGUAACAGUAACAUGAUGAAGGCAUUGCCCUGUAGUGUCAUUGUGAAAACAUCCUAUGUAGUAUCUGUUGUGUUUGGAUGACAGCAUGUGGAUGGUAUUUUGUGUGGUUUGCAUAAAACCAAAUUUGCGUGCAAUAUAGAAAAAAAAUCAUUGUAAAUAUUCAGAAAGGAAAAGAGACAAAGAAGAAGAAGAAGAAGAUGUCCAAGACAGACACACUUCCAACAGAGAAAAGGAAUAAGAAAGAAAUGGAGUUUGAGCUGAAAUUGGCCAAGGAAAAGGAAGAGAUACAUGAGCGAGAGAAACAGAUGAAAAUUAAUCGGCUCUUGCAAGAGGUAACGGAGACCGAGCGGGAGGAUUUGGAGGAGUCAGAGAAAGUGCAGUACUGGGUGGAGAGGCUCUGCCAGACUAGACUGGAGCAGAUUUCCUCCGUGGAGAAUGACUCUCCCGAGGUAAAAACGGAGUCCAGAUGAAGAUUUGCAGAGCUUGUGUUGGUCUCAAGUUUAUGUUGUGUGAAUUUUGCAGUUAUUGUGUGUGAGUCUUAUGAGUAGGUUGAGUUGGGGUUGCAGUGCUUUCUGUGUGGUUGAGUGGUUAUGAUUUUUAACCAAAUGAGCUGUUUUGUGCAGAUGAGUCCAUCUCGGUCUCCUAUGUCCACUGUGAAAAGAUUCCCUGGAGGUUUUCAGCUUGCCACUACUGACCUGGACGAUAUCAACCUGG